AAACUAUACCGAUUUUGCCCCCUUCGAGCAGAAAGACUUAGCACUAAAAGCAGACACUUUUGUUCAUGGAAUCGUGGUUUCGUUUGUGUGGUUUGUGGUGUGGAGUUUGUGUUUCCGAGAGUUCGAGAUGGAGCAAGUAACUCGUCGACUAGAAGUGCUUUCAACACCGGACAAUGACGAAACGUGUUGCACAUUUGUAUUGAAGAAUGAAGAUCACACCUUAGGAAACGCAUUACGUUAUGUCAUAAGUAAAAAUCCUCAAGUUGAAUACUGUGGAUAUUCGCUUCCUCACCCAUCCAUAUGUGAAAUAAAUUUCAGAAUUCAAACAUACGGAGUACCAGCAGUAGAAGUUCUUAAAAAAGGUUUAGAAGAUUUACUUAGUUUGUGUGAUCAUAUCAAAAGUACAUUCGAUGAUGCUUUGAAUGAAUAUAAAGGUAUAAAAACUGACAAAGGGGAUGAUAUUGAGCGGAUGCUGGCAGAAAUGGAUGCAUAGUAUUCCUUGUGUUUGACAUCAAAAAUUAUUAUCAAUGUAUGCUUGCUUUUGAAAUUACUCUAUUUACUUUGUGUAAAGAUGAACUUUAAGGCACAAUUUAUAAAAUUUCAUACGAGUUAACGUAUAUCAAAGCUAAA